GGUAGUCUUUCAUGCGGUGUCUACAAUCGGGACCGCAUUCAGUUCAAUUAUUCUGCUCUCGACAAGUAGGUGAACGGUUUAGAUGAAGCAAUCGCUCUGGUUGUCCGAGUGCCGGUAGUUGGAUGUGAUUGGUUUAAAAAUAGUAGUAGUGCCUUCGUCAGCUUAAAGCACAACAGCGGGUUUUGCCUUUUUUUUACUCUGUAUAACAUUAUCUCAUCCCGUCCGUGUGCAACGUGUGGUGCGUAGCGCGCAUUUGUUACUUUGUUGAAUAAAGUUUGUUAUUAGCAUUCUCAGUACCCGCACUGCCAAAGAUUAGAUUAUCUUUAUAUAAUCAAUAUGGAAGAGCUUAGGGAUGGACUACUUGUCGGCCUUGGCAACCCGCUGUUGGACAUUUCGGCGGUUGUUGAAAGCAAUCUUCUCGAAAAGUACGAUAUGCAACCGAAUAAUGCUAUACUGGCCGAGGAAAAGCAUAUGCCAAUCUACAAAGAAUUGAUUGAAAAGCACCAAGCCGAGUAUAUCGCAGGUGGCAGCGUACAAAAUUCUCUUCGAGUUGCCCAAUGGAUUCUGCAACGGCCUCGCGUGGCCGUAUUUUUCGGCUGCGUCGGACAGGAUGACUACGCGCGCAUCCUUGAAGAGAGAGCAACGGCGAAUGGUGUCAACGUGCAAUACCAGCGUUCAUCAUCUAAUCCCACCGGUACCUGUGCCGUGUUGAUAACGGGUACACAGCGAAGCUUGUGCGCCAAUUUGGCUGCCGCGAACGAUUUUACCUCCGAGCAUUUGAAAAGCGAUGCAAACCAAGCGUACCUCCGGGAAGCCCAGUAUUUCUAUGUGUCUGGGUUUUUCUUUACCGUCAGCUUCGAGAGUGCGCUCGCGGUAGCAAAGGACGCCGCAGCAACCGAUCGAAUGUUCUUGAUGAAUCUAAGCGCACCGUUUGUUCCCCAGUUCUACAAAGCGAACCUAGAGGAAAUAUUCCCGUAUGUCGAUGUGUUGUUUGGCAAUGAAACGGAAGCAGCUGCCCUGGCGAAGGAGUUCAACUACGGCACGGAAGAUCUGAAAGAAAUUGGACUACGAAUCUCCGCUCUGCCGAAGCAAAAUACGAAACGUGCUCGCACCGUAAUCAUUACGCAGGGCAGCAGUCCGGUGCUACUGAUUACCGAUGGUACCGUACGGGAGUUUCCUGUGCAGAAGCUAGCAGCGAGUGAAAUUGUGGACACGAAUGGUGCGGGUGAUGCGUUUGCGGGCGGUUUUCUGGCCCAGCUGCUGAAGAGACGCAGCGUUGAUACCUGCAUUGAAUGUGGGAUUUGGGCUGCAAGGGAAAUCAUUCAAAGGUCUGGCUGUACGUUCGAGGGAGAACCUUCGUUCACCGGUGCUAAAUAAGAAGCGAACCCGCUGUUGGCUUUUCAUGCAUGAGCAAUUAAUAUACUCGAAUAAAAGAGAAACCUCUUUAUAUAAAAAAAGGAAGUUAUAAGACGUAUUUUUGUAGUUUUGGAAAAUAUUUAUCAGUAACUGAAAGCCUGUUUUCAACAGCGCUUCAUUAAUCAUCCGUCUGCUCCGAAUAAAGGUUCGCUAUGACC